AUGAAUACUUAAUUAAAACAAAUAUAUUCUGCCGAAAAAGUACAAAGGUUUGAAUUAUUAUUUCUGUAUCAUGACAAAGAGAUGAAAGGAUUCAUUAGUUCUAAGGAUUUGCCAUUCAUAUUGAGAGCAGCAGGUUUGCUAAUAUCUGAUAAAGAGAUAAAGGAUCUAUAAGUGAAGGAAAAGAUAAGCAAGGAUGAUUUAUUCAAGCUGUUGAUACAGCUGAAGGACAAGAGACCUGUAAAACAGGAGAUUGAAGCAAGUGUGAAGGUAUUUGAUGAAAACAACACAGGGUUUAUUGAUACGAAAGAAUUGAUGGGAAUUGUGUAAUAGAUAGGAGACGAAUAGGUUGAGAAGGACUUCUAGUUAAUAUUAAAUAGUGUAAAAGGGGAAGGAGAAUUAGGUUGCGAUUGA